ACUUGUUUCCUCUUUAUGUAAUCCAGACUCAAUAUCAGGUAAGAUGUCCAAGAGAGGACGCGGUGGAGCAUCUGGAGCCAAGUUCCGUAUCUCUCUUGGUUUACCAGUGGGAGCCGUGAUCAACUGUGCCGACAAUACUGGAGCCAAAAAUCUAUUUGUUAUCGCUGUAUAUGGCAUUCGUGGAAGACUGAACAGGCUUCCUAGUGCAGGAGUUGGUGACAUGUUUGUCGCUUCAGUCAAAAAGGGAAAGCCAGAACUCAGAAAGAAAGUUUUGCAAGCCGUAGUCAUCCGACAGCGCAAGCAGUUCAGACGAAAGGACGGUACCUUCAUUUAUUUCGAGGAUAACGCAGGUGUUAUCGUCAAUAACAAAGGUGAAAUGAAAGGAUCUGCUAUCACUGGACCCGUCGCCAAGGAGUGCGCAGAUUUAUGGCCUAGGAUUGCUGCUAACGCCGGUUCUAUUGCUUAA